CUGUUCAUUGGCUUUGGACUCGAGAUGAAUUUGACGUACCAGAGCAGAAGCUAAAGCGAAACAAACAACAAGCGCAUAUUUUUACUACACCUCAAAGCAAUCAUGCUUAAAGUGUCGGAAACGGAUGGUUGCAUGCCAUGGACUGAUAUUUAUUUAAAAACUCAUUGAUUCACCAGCUGUCGAUUAACUUAAAGGACUACCAGGCACUGUGCGGUGAAAUUAUAAUCAAACGCAACGGACGGAAGACAAACGCACGAAAAGCGCCCGCUCGCCGUUUUCCAUCCAUGCAUGUAUCAACAUUAGUGGUUUAAACACCAUGUCUUGCUCUGGCAACCUCGUUUGGGAUGUGAGAAAGCGCACCAUCGGAUGUACGGAUCCGUACUCCUUGAGAACAAAUUAUUUAGGGAGAAGAGAGUUUGUGCAAAAACUGAAGCUUGAAGCCGUACUCAGUGUGCACGAUGGAUGUGUUAACACCAUAUCCUGGAAUGACACAGGGGAGUACAUCUUAUCAGGUUCUGAUGAUACUAACUUGGUUAUCACAAAUCCUUACAACAGAAAGGUCAAGGCGACUAUCCGCUCAGGACACCGGGCAAACAUCUUCAGUGCGAAAUUCAUGCCCCAGACCAACGAUCACCAGAUAAUUUCCUGCUCAGGAGACGGCAUCAUUUUCUACACACACACAGAAAAAAGCCAGGAAAUCAACAGACAGUGCCAGUUCACCUGCCACUAUGGCACUGCUUAUGAGAUAAUGACUGUGCCAAAUGAUCCCUAUACCUUCUUGUCCUGUGGAGAAGAUGGUACAGUGAGGUGGUUUGACCUACGCAUGAAGACCAGCUGCACGAAAGAGGACUGUAAAGAUGACAUUUUGAUUAAUUGCCGGAGAGCCGCUACCUCAAUAUCCAUUUGCCCCUUGGUCCCCUACUAUCUUGCUGUAGGCUGUUCAGACAGCUCUGUAAGGAUCUACGACAGACGAAUGCUUGGAACAAGAGCUACGGGUAACUACAUGGGCAGGGGGACGACAGGCAUGUGUGUGCGUUUCGUCCCUGCUCACCUGUCCACCAAAUCCUGCCGGGUCACCUCUCUGUGUUACAGUGAAGAUGGACAGGAAGUGCUGGUCAGUUACUCUUCCGACUACAUCUACCUGUUUGAUCCCAAAGAUGACCAGGCCAGGGAGCUCAAGGGCCCUUCUGAGGAGCGGAGGGAGGAGCUAAGGCAGCCCCCUGUGAAACGCUUGCGUCUGAGGGGAGACUGGUCAGACACAGGACCCCGAGCUCGGCCUGAGAGCGAAAGGGAACGUGACGGAGAGCAGAGUCCGAAUGUGUCGCUCAUGCAGAGAAUGUCAGACAUGCUGUCGCGCUGGUUCGAGGAGGCCAGCGAGGCCCAAACCAGCAGAACGCGCCCGCAAACCCGACCCAGAGUUACAACAGCCCGACCAGCUGGGGCAUCUGCGACGCCAGAGACGCGCACUCAGGCUCAGGAACCCACUGAGGUGUCGUCUGAAGGAGCCACGGAGGUGACGACAGCCACAUCUGCUGCUCCCACAUCCAUCUUGUCGUCCUCCUCCUCAGGCUCCUCAUCCACUUUGACUGCUCCACCGCCCUCCAGUUCCUCCUCCAUGGAGAGUGCAGCAUCCUCCUCUCUUCUUUCCUCCCCAGACACAGAGCAAAGGAGUCAAGACGAGGUUACGCCCACUCCCUCGGCCACACCUACUCCUUCAGCCACACCCACACCCUCUAGAGAGGCAGCUUUAUCUGAAUAUGGUCCUCACAGGUUGCCGGUAAGUUUAGUAUGUAGACGUUUGCAGAGGCUGCUUCACUUAUCUGACCCCCCUGGACAGGGCCGGCGUUCGGUACCCACUCUACCCGUGUCAUCCGGCCUAGAGAGCUCAGCCCAACAGGCUGCUGCUGCCGCCGCCGACACUGCACCCCCAGAUUCUCCUUCAUCUGUGGUAAACAAACAGCUCGGAUCCAUGACUCUGGAUGAGGAGCAGGGAGGACCAGAGGAGACCGGAAAUGUGAUCAGUGAUCAAAGUGCAGGUCUCAGUGAAACUUCCCCAGAGACUACAGAAGCUGUGCCGUCCACCUCACCACCUUUACUUGGCACCAGCCCUGGCACCAGCAGUGGGAGUGGCAACGCUCCUCAAGGGCCUGGUCGAACAGGAACGGCAGAACCGGUCCUCAGUCUGCAUUAUAGCACUGAGGGCACCACCACCAGCACCAUUAAACUGGACUUCACAGAUGAGUGGAGCAAUCCAGGGUCCAGCACCAAGAGCAGCAGUGCAGGACGUAAGCCUGGGGAGGUUGGUGAAAGACAGACCUUGGAGGAGUCCACAGAAGAAAGCUUAGAGCAGGGGUCAAGUCUGGCGUCCGUGAGUCUGUCCACACCAAAAGGUGGCACAGAAAAGGCCUCCGAAAGUUCUCAGGGCAGCACGCCACUCCAGACGCCAGCCGAAGGAUCAUCUCCUAAAGACACGGCAAGUGCCAGCGCCCCCUCUGCCUCAGAGGAGAACCAGGCUACAGGCUCAUCGGAGUGCAGGAGGAGCGAUGCACCUGGAGCAGGGAAUCAGGGUUCGACUCAACCCUCCCGGAAUCAUCAGGACUCGGAUGACAGUGAUGAUGAUCCCAUCCUUAUCCCUUCAGCCAGGUAUAGAGGAGGGCAGGGACAGAGAUUUAAUUUCAGAGGAUCAGCUGUAGGUGAAAGAAUGAUAAGACGCUCCGCCGCGGCUCGCAUCCAGGAGCUGUUUCGCAGGAGAAAGGAAAGGCGUGAGAUGGAAGAAAGUGAGACGCAGAACAUCAGCAGACCAUCGGUCAAGAUGGUGUACAAGGGUCACCGCAAUUCUAGAACAAUGAUUAAAGAAUCCUGUUUCUGGGGUAAUAACUUUGUGAUGAGUGGCUCGGAUUGUGGCCACAUCUUCGUCUGGGACAGACAUACGGGAGAGCACCUGAUGCUGUUGGAAGCCGACAACCAUGUAGUCAACUGCCUACAGCCACACCCUUAUGACCCCAUUCUUGCAUCAUCAGGAAUUGACUAUGAUAUCAAGUUGUGGUCACCACUAGAACAGUCACCAUCAUUUAACAAAGGACUCGCUGAGGAGGUGAUUGCUCGUAAUGAACUAAUGCUGGAAGAGACGAGAAACACCAUCACAGUCCCGGCUUCUUUCAUGCUCCGAAUGCUGGCAUCGCUAAAUCACAUCAGAACAGAUCGUGUGGAGGGUGACCGUUCAGAAGGCUCCGGUCAAGACAAUGAUGACGAUCAGUAGCCCUCCCGCUAGAGGCGAUAUGUUUUUGCUAUAGUGCAUUAGAGAUUUGUACAAGUUGCAAAAUAGAAUAUUUCCUUAUUAGUUAUGUUUUUGGCAUUGUUAUUUUUUAAUGAGACCUUUCUUACGACUACUCUAAAUGAGAGUAAAUUGCAUCUGGGGUAAACAAGGAAUAAUGUAAAAAGUUGGAAGAUGAGUGCAGAUGGUUGAGAGUAUUUAUGUGCAAUAUUAUUUUUGUUAAAAGCAAACGGUUGAGCUUUGAACGGUGUUAUUCAGUGUGAAAUCUUAUCGUAGCCUCAAAGAAGAGCUCGGAUGUUUGUUUACCAGAAAUUAUGCAUGUCAGACAUGAGUUUGCUCAAAACAUUUACUUAUAGUCAAUAACUGUGUUGUGUAAAAAAAUGGCUCUUUUUUGGUCAUUUGUAAAUGUUGCACUUAGGGAUCUUCUGCCUAACCCUAAUAACAGGUACAACGUGCAUUAUACAUUGUUAUACUGCAACAUGUUUUUAAAGCAUUAUUAAAAUGAGAAUGUUUCGGUUGCGAUCAAUCCGUCAGUAUAUAUCUUCAGCUCUCUAGUCAAAUGGUUCUGGUGUUAGUUGGCAGGAUGCAUUUCUCGCUCCUAACAGCACAGAUGGCCUUUGUUUUGGCAGCUGUUGGCUUGAGCAUUCUGCUAAGUGACUUGUGAUUGCUGGAAGACGUUCAGAUAAAAUUCAGAUCUUCAUUAAAUCUAGCGUGCCAUUUUACACCAACCUCAUUCAACACUGUUAAGGAAUGUAAGCCAUCUUUUUAAAUGUUUGUCCACAGAUUAAGUUAUUAAUAAGUUUAAAUCCUAUUUACACACGUAACAGAAGACAAUUUAAAUAUUAAGGCCUGGUUUCACAGACAAGGCUUAGCUCCUAAAAUGUCUUUUUAAACAUGCCUUUGAAAAAGACGUUACUGAUGUGUAUUUUGAGACAAAUUAAUGGCACUGGCAUAUUUCAAGAUGUUAUUUUCAGUAAAGACAGCUCAAACAUGUAUUUCAGUCUAGCCUUGUCUGUGAGACCGGGAGUAUAUGCAUUAAGAUUUGAACAGUGACUGAAACCUUGCUGAGAUUUAUUUGUAUACAUUUUAAUGUCACAGUACAAACGGUAUCAACAUUCUUAUAGGUUAUAAAUAGCAGCCCUUUCAGGCAGUUUUGUAAUAUAUAGCCUUUGGCAGACACUUACAUAGCCUAUUCAUAGUGGUAUAAUAAUAUUUAUUGGCAAAAACAAUAUCAGAGGAAUGACUAGUCAAACGUGCCACUUUAUGAUUCAUAAUAGAUAAAGAUUGUUAUGCAGUUUAUCAGAGUCUCAUGUGAUUCAAGUGCAAUAGUACCACUGUAAAAAAUGACUUGUGUACACCAUUGUAUUCAAUCAACAGAUUUUGCCUAUGGUUAUAAUCUUUAACUUAUACAAAUGAAUUAGAUUUUACACCAAAAUGUUAUGUAUUUUAAUGUCCAGCAUGUUAUGAUAUAACAUGUUAUGAUGUUCUGUCCAGCAUCUCACUCAUUAUUCCUAUGUGUGGCCUUUUCCAAUGAAAAAUUGUUUUGAAAAGAUGGGUUCACAAUAAAAUGAAAAAUUGUCAAA